ACACUGAAAUGUCAACGAUUUGACUGAGCAAAUGUCAAGUGUGACAAUUGUCGGUAGAACAUUCAAAAACCCAAUUUUUCUAGUAAACACAUGUGCAAGUGACCAGAAUCAGUUUGAUUGACUAUCGGAAUUUUGAGUGUAACGACGGAUUGUUUUUCAAAAAAAAAAUCUCCCAACGAAUUGGAUGCAUUGAACGCGCGUGAGCAACAACAAAACCAUAAAACAAACUGGUGUUGCGGAAUUGAGUUUAGCAGAGCAGCAGUUGAAGAAGGAAAAAAGAGAAUCUCACGCAAGCAGAGUUCUAAAUGGAAAAUAUGCCAGAAGCGCCGACACACAUGCUCAGAACCAAAUAGCGAACAAUACACAACACACAAAAAUUGAUGUCAAAACGGUGACUUGGCUGUGUUUGGCUGUCUUGCUCUGUGGCUGUGGCUCGGUGUGUACGGGACGAAAUAUCAACAAAACAGAAUCGAAUGUGCGUUCCGUGAAGGAGGUUUGUUUCGAUUUGCUUUAUUUUCCCGUGGUGUGAGCGCGCUCUCUGUGUGUUUGGUGUGUCUCCGUACACACUAAAACUCUAAACACUUUUCGCAAUUAAAUCGAAAAAAAAAGAAAUUCCUUCGACGAAAAGAAGAAAAAUCUCUGUCGCUAUUUCACUGUGUUUUCCACUCACAUCUGUGUGUGUGUGUGUGUAUCGGUGAGAGUUGAAUACUCUUCCCCCGCCAUCCAAUCAAUUUCAUGAGCAAAACGAAAAUAUCAACAACAUUUCAUUCACAAAAUCUGUUUUGGUGGUCGAACAGCCUUAACGCUCCAGCCGAAAUUUAAUGGUUUCAUUCGAUACGAUAGUGGAAAACGUAGUGUAACGUAAAAUCGAAAACAAACACAAGUGUGAAUGUGAAUGUGUGUAUGUGUGACGAAAAUAGGAGGCAACCCUCGGAAUGUGCAACAGAAUUAUUUUGAUUUUUUGUCGCUGAUUAACAUUUCGUUUUGAUAAAUUGAAAAACACCAAUCAAUGGAAUUGAAUUAUUGUGAUUGAACGUAGUGUGCAUAAAAUUGUUGACCGAAAAACUAAAUCAAAAACGAAAACAAUUCCGACCGACAUUUGAGAUAUUAAAUUUUAUCAAUCAUAUCGAAAUUGCAUUCAAUUGCGAGUGUCAGUGUGUGUAUAAUUUCAAUCGGAUAAAUUGUGAUUUUGAGAACAACAAAAAACGGAAGAGAGAGAGAGAGAGAGAGAACGAUAGAUAGAGUGAGAGCAGCAACAUUUGAAUCACGCCAACAAUAACAACAAAUCAUGAGUGAAAACAUUUUCCGACACACAAAUUAAUAAAUCAAAGUGCAUUUCCGCCGCCACCACCGCCGCCGCUACCGCUGCAGCAUCCGAUGAGCGCGUUUUUUUCCAUCUUUUCUUCAAUGAAAUACAUUUUCACCGUCAGUUGAAUUAAAAAGAACAAUUUUCGCGGUGGGACAGAAAAAAAAAUCCACACUUGCGCGCAUUAAACAGCCCACAAUUGUCGGUCUGUGCAAAAAUUGUGCGGCAUUUUUAUUAGAAUUGUCGAAUUGAAUUUGAUUCCAAGUGGAUUCUUGUUGUCGGCUGCUAUUAUUCGUGGUGGUUGCUGCUGUUGGAUUUUACCAAGUCGUCUAUUGAAAAAAUUGACGUCGGCCGAAAAAUUUGCACGAGAUCGAAAAGCAAAACACCCGAGAAAACCAGACAGGCUAUUAUUUGUUGUUGUUUUUUUCUCGCUUCGCUCCUAUUGCGUUUGCGACCGUACGGGAUCGGUGUCUGUCUGUGUGCUCUUUGUAUUUACAUUGUGCAAUAUGCACACUGCAGUGGAACUGGUUGCUUUUUUUCCCAUUUCUCUCUGUUGCAUCGCAUAAGUAUGCGUACGCACGUGUAGAGCAAAAAAAAGGCUCUUAAUGCGAGACUGUCUCUUCUGUUGUGUGUGUUCGUGUGUUGUAAAAAAAAAACAACAGCCGUUUUCGGUUGUUCGCGUUCGGUCAGUCGGUUUAUUUAUCGAAAUCAUUGCAUUUCGAUCGAUUAAACGAAAUACUUGAAAGUGGCUUUUUCUCACCCAAUAUCCUUCUAGAGACGAACAACAAUUGAGUAAACAGAGUAGAAAACAAUUUGUAAAAAGGACAUUGGAAUUUCGGAAAAAAACCGGAAAAAAGGGUGAAACUGAAGAAAAAUACUAUUUCCAAUCAGCGAAUUUACCUACGUUUGAUGAGACUGCAAAUAAUUCUGGUGUAAUUCAUAGGAAUAAUAAAUGAAUGAAUGAGUAAACUCAGAGAGAAAUACGGUGCAGAACAAGUCGAGUGUGAAAAAAUACAGUCAAACCUGGAUCUUAGUUUAAAGCCAUAAAAAAUUGACAUUAAAAACCCGAAGUGAAAAGAAAAUUCUCAGAAGAAAAUUUGUUGAUUUUUCUUCUUCAUUUUCCAUUAAAAUUUGAAGUAAAAAAAAACGUUCAGUAGUUGGACAAAUGCAUAUGGUAUCGGUGUUGAUGUAAUGCCGCAUAAAAAGUGCAAAAUAGCGUUUUGACGGUUGACACGAAACCCUUUGGUGCGCAUCACUCGGACUGCUUUUACAGCAACAAAUCCGUGCAAAACCCACUGAAUAACAUCAAAAAUAUACAAUAAAUUUUCAGACAGCUUAAACACAAAUGGUUAACAAUAUUUUCAGUUGAACAACAUUGAAUUGAUACAAAUAAAACCCAAAAUUUAUCGACUCUUCAAAAGGUUUGUGAACUCUGAGCAGAAAAAUAAAAUCAAAAACUAAUAAAAAAAAACUAAACGCUGAUGCUUUUGUGAUGAACACUUUUAAAACGAGUGUGUAGUUAGACCCCGAAAAUAUGGAAUUUUUGACAGAAAAAUCAAAUUGAAAUUAAAAUUGAAAUCGAAAUCGAAACUGAAGUUGAAGCAAAAAUUGAAACGAGGAACAAUUGAAAACGAUUGAACGAAAGAACGAUAAAUUUAACAAUAGACAACCAAACAACCAACAAGAACAGUAACAACAUUGGAACACAAUAUACGACCGGCCAACAGCGACUCACAACCAACAAAAUGUCAAACGAUGCGAAUAUAAUGCUCUUUCCGAAAAUCACGGAAUGCUCAUAUGUUUCGUGCUAUUGCGAGGAAAAUGUGUGGAAACUAUGCGAACAAGUGAAGAAAACCCGUCCGGCUGAACUUUCAAAGUGCUAUGCAGUUUUUGUGUCGAACGAAGGCCGAACGGUACCGUUGUGGCGACAAAAAGCUGGACGUGGUGACGAUAAAGUUGUUAUCUGGGACUAUCAUGUAUUUUUCAUGCACAAUCCAACGCCAACGCGAUGUCUUAUAUUCGAUUUAGAUACAACUCUACCUUUCCCAACAUAUUUCCAUAAGUAUGUGACCGAAACGUUUCGAUCGGACUUGGCGCUACGACCCGAACACCAUAGAUUUUUUAGAGUAAUACCGGCCGAACAAUACUUAGCGGAAUUUUCGUCAGAUCGACGACAUAUGAGACGACCAGACGGCACCUGGAUCAAACCGCCACCGCCAUAUCCACCGAUCCAGUCAAGCGCAACGAACACCCACAAUUUGGACGAUUUCAUAUGUACGCAAUCGGGCAAGGGGCCGGGCAUCGUGUAUAGUCUAUCACAAUUUGUUUAUACAUUUUUUAAAUUACCAAAUGCACAAUUGAACAACACACAGAAUUAAAAAGCAGCGGUGUGGCGAAUGAGCGAGAGAGUUGAGUUAUCGAUACGUGUUAAUUUCGUGUAACAGCAACAAUAACAGCGUCCGCGUCAACGCCAUAGCUGAAUCAAGGGAUAGAAGGAGAUUGAACAGUGGAGCGCAUUUUUAAAGAUUCGCAAAUUUUUAAUAUAAAUUAUAUAAAUAAAUAAACAUGUAUCGCUUUUAAAAAUAGUAAAAAAAAACACAAAAAGAAACAUAAAUUCAUUAAAAAGAAGAAAAACAAACAAUUGUCCAAAGCCACAUGGAUUGAAACAAACAUACACAGAAACAGAAA